AUGUUAUCCGGCAGUGACUUGCCGUCAGUAUUUCCGAAUUAUCAUGGUGUGCACUGUGCAGCACUGUUUUUUUUUUUAUUUUCAGGAAGUGAGAACUUUGUUUCCCGGCCCGGAAGUUGUGUCGCCCCAUGCCAUUUGAACUAUUACACACUCUUAACACCCCCUAACCCUUUAUCCACGGCCUUCACCGCCAAUCAACUGCCGAAUGCCCAGGAUGCGUUAUCCGUUCUUCCACCUAGAAAGGUCACGGAAGGGGAACUAAACUGCAGCCGGUACGGGACACUUUCCCAUCCCAAGGACUGUAACGCCACCGAGGUUCUCCUGCCACCGUUUGCCAAUACGCCAACCGAAGAUACGGAUCUGAUCGGCGACGACACCAAUCUUCUUCUGACCAUAUUAUUUACUGGAUUACCGAUUGCUGCUCUCCUUCUUGGCGCCGGCAGGUUGGUGGCUAAUUGGCCUGCCAAAGGGAUUCAUGAUCAAGCGGUCGAUUACAUCCGCGCUCAAGACGUUAACAAAUCCCCGCGGAGUGCACGCAAUUCCAAAUGUGAUCCGGCGGAUCUCAGUCCAUUAUUCCUGGUUGCAGGGAUCUUUGUGCUGUUUAUAAUCGCGGCCACGGUCGUUGGAGUUAUUGCCACCCAACCUAAUAAACAGCUGUAUUUCACGAGGGCAAUGAGAAUUUUUGCCGGCAAGCCAACGAAAGUUCUCCGAAUGAGCGGCUCGGACAGUCUCGUCUAUCUGUACCGGUCUGUGAAUUCCAGCACCCGCAUGGUUAUGUCUUGGCAUCUGCUGACGGCAAUGUUCGUGUUGGCAUUCCAGUCUGUUGUUUAGCUGGCGGGUUGCCUACGUACGUAUGGUGGCUUUAAUAUUGACAUGGACUUAUUCUAAUGUCAUAAUGUUUUUUAGUCUACAUACUGUAAUAAUAUCUAUAUGCUUAUGCAUUCUUGUCACCUUGUUUCUUACAAUUUAUGCACCAUUGCGCCCGCUGGGUUUGUAGCUGGGAUAAGUACAUAACGUAUGUGUCUCUGUUGGUACUUAAUGCAUGCCAAGAUUUUGUUUAUUCCUCUGCGUAUGUACGUGGUUUGACGUUUGAACUGGUACUAGGAAUGAUGGUAGCGACUAGCGUUU